CUUGCUGUUCAGCAAUGCCUGGUUAUGCUAAUUCAUCUUUGCAUAUUUUAUAGAAAUGCCAGUAAUGGCAAAGCCAAAGCCAUCUGCAGAUAAUGUGGGAUGUGAAUUUGUUCGCCAGUACUAUACCAUGUUAAAUAAAGAUCCAAGACAAGUCCAUAGGUAGGUUAAUUAUUUAGGUGUACAGUAUCUGUUGAGUUAACACAAUCUCUCAGUGGAGGCACUUGCUGAAUAUAUGGGGAGGGCAAAUUUGGGUUAGCACAUACAUAUUACAUGUACAUGACUUUUUGUGGUGUGAUGACUUUCCAAAGUUCAAAAACGUGAGAAACUUUGCUGUUUCAAUGUUUUUAUUAUUUUUUUAAUUUUUAGAUUUUAUUCUAAGGACUCUGUGUUUUUUCAUGGAGGUCCAGGCAACUCACAUGGCAAACAACCUGUAGUUGGUCAGGAGGUAUAUAACACUUUCAAAUAUGUUACAGAAGAUGAAUAUUCAUUAUGUCAUGCAAAGCUUAUAAUUUAAAUGCAUCCGGCCACUUUGUCAUGUUAAUGCCAUAUCUUGUAAAAUGUUAUCCUGCUGAAGAUGAAUCAAUUUUAGUUCUAAAUUAUAAGUUAGCCCAUUGAGCCGCAAUGCGUCCCAGUGCACCCUACUUAUUUUUUUCACUUGUCUAACACCACACGAUUUUACUUGUCAGUGGGGAUCGAAGUUCUACAACUUAAUGGGUUGAUGGUUUAACCAAAAAUCUGACAAUGUCUCGAUCUAGUUAAUUAACCCAUUGAGCCACAAUGCACCCCAGUUAUUUUUUUACUUGUCUAACGCCAGAUGAUUUUACUUGUCAAUGGGGAAGCUCUGCAGCUUAAUGGGUUAGUUAUAAGAAAAUGUGCAUUAUAUUUACCUACAAUUCACUUUUUGGCCAAAAUAAUUUUCUUUAAUUUUAUAAUUUGUGUUCGAUAUUACUUUCGCAUUUUUAUAUGCAGGAACUUGUUAGAAUUUAAAGGUUUAAAGAUGUUGUUGAUUUUUACAUAAUAAAACUAACAGUACAUCGGUUGCUUUUAAAGGAAAUCUAUGAACAAAUAGAACAUCUGAAAUUUAAAGACUGCUAUGCAAAAAUUCUUCAAGUUGACAGUCAAUUCACUGUUGGUGAUAGUGUUGUUGUACAGGUAAUAACUGCAAAGUUCUAAAAGGUUGUUUUGGGAUAUUUUGUAUACAUUAAUUAUGUGACAUUACCUUUGCUGACCUAUUGCUGACCUGCUUUCAUUUCUGGUUGGCAAAACGUUGCCAACGUAAGUCAUGCAUCAAGGUACUGCUACAUAUCACUUCAUACCACUACUACAUCUGAUUCAGAAUUGAUUUUAAGAUUCUAAUCCUUGUAUUCAAAACAAUCUAUGGUCUUGCACCGACUGAAAUAUAUUAGCAAAUUAGUUGCUGCAUGUAGAGGGAAAGUCUGAGCUAGAGUAGAACCUGCAGUCAAAUUCUGAAUUCCCAUUGCAACCAAUUGAUAGAAUUACUACACUACUCUAGGUGAUCGUACUUUUUUAGUUGCAGCUGUUAAUCUUUGGAAUGCAUUGCUAAUUGACAUUCGCCAAGAGGAUUAUUGCUUAUUAAAAGUCCUAAAGCAUUUUGCAAGUCAAGAUUGUCUUGUGUCACAAUUGCAGUGCUCACUAUAUAAUCUCUGAAACCUAUUGUACAUAAGGAAGUUUUAUAUUUGACUUGCACAUUGCUGCCAGGAAGAGAAAUACUGUAUAAAAUUAAUAUUAAUUAAUAUUAAAAUUAUGAAUCAAAUCUGUUGCUGCUUUGAUAUAACUUUAUAGAAACUGAGUCAGUUAUUUCCUUGUUUAGGUUUGUGGUGAGUUUUCAAACAAUGGAGAACCAACUAAGAAAUUUGUUCAAACAUUUGUUCUUGUUCCUGAGGUUUGUUUUACAUUAAUUUGUUUCCAAAUGAAUAUAGUUUUACUGUUUUAUUAAUUAUCUAAUUAGUAUUGAAUCCCCUAUGUGCUACAAAAUUAAUAUAGCAUGCUGGAUAAUGACUUUCAUUUUUCAAGGCUUUUGGAGUAUUUCAAUAUUGAUGGUUGAAUGGUUCAACUCCAUCAAAUUUUCAUAAUUCUGUAGUUUCAUAUAGAGCACUUUUCAGGGCAUUUUUAAAUUAAUUAACAAAUGCUAUAAAAUGAAUAUGAGUAUUGAAUAAAAAGUAACAGCCAACCUAGCUUUGUUCCUACCCAUUUAUAUACUCUCAUAGAAGUUGCCUCACCACAUCUUUUCCAAUAUUUUAGGGAUUGAAGAAAUAUCACGUCCACAAUGAUAUUUUUCGAUAUCAAGAGGAACGAUUUCCUGAUGAAGUGAGUGAUGAAACAGGUGAUGUAACAAACGGUAAGAACCUGAAUAAUAUCAGACAAAUUUAA